CUACAUAUGUUCUACCCUCCAAAACAGAAAGGAAGAAAUCGCCCUUCUAACAAACUGACAACUCGUACGGUAACGGAGAUAUCUAUACAGAGAGAGAGAGAGAGCUGACAGAGGAGGAGGAAGAAGAAAGAGAAUCAGAUCUCUUCCAAGAACAGAGCAUUGAAAAACAGAGAGGAAGAAAGGCAAGAAGCCAUGGAAGCAGCAGAAGGAAAACCGGAUGCCCAGCUCUUUCAGCUCCUCACCAAUCUCCUUCACCAGGUGGAAUCACUGACAAAUACAGAAGAAGUGGAAUUGCGUGCCAAAAUCGAGGCACUUGGGUUAGAAGUCACCAAAGUGCCAUCCAAGCCAUCUGAGCAUCUCGAUGAGUUGGAGAUAGCCAAGGAGUUAGACAAACUAUCAGCCAAGCUUGAUGAUGUGGAUGAGAUGAUCUCUUCAGCCAUGGCUGCGGACCCACAGGUGCAAUCUCUCUUGAGUAGUACCGCGGAAUUAUGGAUGCCAGUCAUCACUGCGACUUCCGAUGAACGGCGCAGUUUUACGGCGCCGAUUGAUGACAGUAAUUGCGAAACCAAGGGACAGACCCUCACUGAUUCUUGAACUGUUUUCAAUUUCAUGGAGUUUUUCUUUCUCAAAUAAAUGUAUGAUUUGCAGAAUCUUUUUCUUUUUAGUUAAAAAAAGAUAGCCAAGAUCAUCGAUUAAUAUGCAGUAAAUGAUUACAGUUC